AUGAAUGCACCAAGGAUAUUCACCAGGGUGGCGUUCCGCCGCUCCUGCACGGCUCUGCAGUGCGCUUCCACCCGUCGCGCCUACGGCAGCCCGUCGUUCCAGUCAUACCCUCUCUACUCGAACAACACACCUCCCCCCGCAAGAGGUGACGGCAUUCCCGAGAGCUCGAUCGCGACGCCGGAUCCCCUCCCGAAGGUCAACGAGACGAGACCCCCAAGAUCCCCUCGCAGAUGGCAUCCCGCCAACCCUUGA